GUGGACCCUUUAUCUUUGCCUUCACGCCAGUGGCUGAAUGCUCUGCUAGUAGAGGAACAACGUGAUCCUCGCCUGGGCGAGUCACACCUGACGAUGGACGGACCAACGUUCAUUGACUCAUUCAGGUAUCUGAAUCCACGCACAAAAGAGUCCUUCACUUGCUGGUCCACUCGAACAGGAGCAAGGGCUACCAAUUAUGGCACGAGAAUUGAUUAUAUACUGGUUGAUAGCCGUCUCGUGGACGGGUUCGACGAAAACUUGUCAUUGAAAGUAGACCACAUGACCGACCUGGAAGGAUCCGACCACUGCCCAAUUCGCGCUCACAUACCGCUCACGCUAACCGCUAAUCCAUCUUACCCAUACCCUUCGUCAUGUUCACGCUUCUGGCCUCAAUGCCAAUCGAAGCAAAUCAACUUAAACCCCUUUGUCGUUCCUAUCACACCAUCCACUGUGAAAGUAUCGGACACAAACGAUAAUACCCAUUUUCCAGAGUCGAGGAAUCCCAUCAAAAAACGUCGCCUGAAACAAGCAACACUUGUUGGUUUGUUGUCGUGUCGAAAGCAUGAAAAUCGUGAUAUUGACAAUCCAGACAGUACACCAUCAAGUCUUAUCCUCGAUGGCAUAAGGGAACGGGAGGCCACAGCCUUGCUUCAAAUUACGUUUCAGGCUGACGCCGAAAUGGCUUCCAAGACAGUCAGUGCGUGGCAAAGUCUACUUUGUGGUCCGAAGAAGGCUCCGCUUUGCCGAGGCCAUAUGGAACCUUGUCUACUCCGUACUGUGAAACAAUCUUCAACUGCAUCAGGCAGUCGACGUGGCAGACGAUUUUGGGUCUGUGCGCGGCCUCAAGGUGCCAAAAACAACCCAGCUGCUCGGUGCGAUACGUUCCUUUGGGAUGAUCAAUACAGGCCCUAAUUUUUGGUGAUAUUAUUGUUCAUCAUUGUAACUAGUCCAUGUUUCAGCAUUUGUUUCACUGGAAAAUGAAUGGGCACCUGAAGGCGUAUACUUGCGGUCCCGAGCGGCGCGAUUUCCUCCACAGUCUAGCACUAACUGCCAUCGGGAGUUCAAUGGUAGCUUAUUUGCUCGGGACAAUUAACGUAUCCGACUCAUCCAAUUACCUCGGAUCACUUAGUUUUCAAUUCAUCAUUCUAAAUCGCUGUCGCGCAUUACUUCGUCGCCGUAUUUGACUUGGUGUAAGCGAGAUCGAAUGUUCUUGGGGUCAUUAGAAACUGUCACGCUACAGUUCCGUAGUCGCACAACCGACAACUACGCGUAAUAGUGAAAUAUAGUGACCAACUCAGUCCCAAACUUCCAU